AAGACGCGACAGAAGCCAUAUCAUAUAACUUUCAACCUUCAAUCUUUUCCAACAGUCUUGCCCAUAAUGGACUCUUCAAAGGUGUUUCUGCUGAUUUUCCUCAUCGCGAGAGUUGCAAUUUGCGUCACUCCUGAUCCAAUGAUCGCCCGGCUAAAAUUUCGUGCCGAAUUAGAAUACAAAGAGAUUGAGAGCCUGACAAAAGAAUACGGGAACUUUUGUACUUGCGUGGACCCUAAUCACGACUUGCACGAAAGACACUCCGUUAUACAAGGAACAAAGGAUCAAAUUCUGAAACAGAUCAGUCACUAUGCGUACUUUUACGACAAUUUACUAAAAAAUAUCACAGAUAACGAAAAACGGACAGCCACCAAAGGAAAGUUGAAAGACAUACGGGAUUGGCUUUUAACUACACACAAACGAACUGAAAAGCUGAUACACGGCCAAAACAGCACCGGCCAAGAUCCUAUGUCGUAUAACGUUCCAGGGUCGAGUGUUGUGAAAAUCCGUAUUUCAAGUUGGUACAAUAAAAAUAUAAAGAGAGCAACUAACUUGACCGCAACUACCCGCAAUGACAUGCUGGCCUAUAUCACACUGUGUGCAGUGAAAGUUGCCAACAAGAACAUACGACAUGGUUUGUUCCAACUUUCCGGCAGUAAAGGAGCAAACUCGGCGCCAACGGAGAACUGGUUUAACAAUGGAACAAAGAAAAUAUUUUCAAGAAAAAAAAACACUAGAGUUUCUAAGAUGAAAAUCAGUAAAGUCAACUCGAUGACAAUUGGACAAAAUACUGGUAAAUAAACUGGGCGAUGUCAUGUAACGGCAAACCCAGGGAGAAAGUUCAACUUUAAGAUUUGUGUUAUUGUUUGUUUGUAAGCUUUAGAAAGCCAUGAUAUUAGGACGAACUAAAUAAAAUUUAGUUUGUGUAAGUUACAUAUAAUGUAGCCUAAUGGUUUUCCAAGAAAAUCAUUAUCGUUGUUAAGAUAUAAGAUUAAAACGUAUACCAGAACUGGCUUGUUUAUACAUGUUUUGUAUAUUUGCAAAGAAAAAGUAGCAA